GAUGAACAUGGUGGUAGACGCGUGUAUUGGAAAUGCACCGCUGUAAAAAUACAAAAUUCAAAAAUAUUCAUCUCGCUACUGACAUUUCGAUACGUGAUCCUCAACACUAGCUUUGGUCAAAGGGAAAGUGGUACGGAAGCUGGCAAAUACGAUAUUACGAUAAUACGAUCGUAAUAAAUCAUCAUGAAAAUCAACAGAAAGGAUAAAUCAAAGCGUAAACGAUUCAACGAAGCUGGCCGUUCAGUGGAAAGUCUACGGCGUUCUCCCCGUACUCGCCUACGAUCAGGAAAAGACGAAACAACGAAACAGAACCAUAUGGAACCGAAAAACAACAAAAAACUAACUAAAACUACUAACAGCAAAAAACAAUCACAUCCUAGUAGCUUGCCAGGCGAUUACAAGGAACGUCUACGUUCCCACUCAAAGGCUCGCUCUACGUCUCCGGAAUCUAGUACUGCAGGCAGUCAAAUCAAACAACCAAAGCGAAUGGACGAUUCAAGUGUCGACGAGGCAGUUAGCAUCCAGGCCGAUCCAUAUGUGUCCGAUGCUGGUGCAAAAAUUAUAAAGAAUAUAGAGAAGAAGGAAGCAAACAUAGUAUACCUCGAGGACGAAGAGAUAAUAGAAGAUGGUUCGGAACGCGAUCAGUUUAUGACGGACUUUGACAUUAUGAGAGCUCGCAAAAAAGCAGAAAGCGUUCGCCGUCGUAAGCGCAAUCAUAAUGAAGCUAGCGACGAAAACGAAGAUUUGGUAGUAGAACUGUUGCUAGAAAUGCAGCAGUCAGCUACCCAGGAUCGGUUACUAAACCUAGACGGUAAGCCAGCCACGAAAAAGAUUGCCAUCCUGCACAAAGUGAUGCACCAGUUGAUUAAGAAGGACCUGCAGCCGACUUUGCUCAACCACAAUGUGCUGCAUGUACUAGCCGAGUGGAUCACACCGCUACCAAACAAGGCACUACCGUGUUUGCAGAUUCGCGAGAGCGUCCUGAAACUGUUGGCCGAUUUUCCAACCAUCGAUAAAUUCCACCUAAAGCAGUCCGGGAUAGGCAAAGCGGUCAUGUAUCUGUACAAGCACCCAAAAGAAACGAAAGCCAACCGGAAACGGGCAAACGCAUUGAUCGCCGAAUGGUUUCGGUCGGUCUUCAACAUUAGUACUGACUUUAGUGGGAUGUCGUGCGAAGAACGUCGCCAGCGUGAUCUGCAGCAGUUGCCAAAGCAACACAAGCCAUCUACGCCACCGGAUGUUGUUACCUCCGCCUCUGUCAUGCUGCCAGAUUGUUGGAUGUUCGAAACAAAUAAGAAAAUUAUCCGUCCGGGUGAUAAAGGCUGGAUCAAUCGGGCGCGCGUCCCGUUGCCCUCCGACAAGGUGUACAUCGUGAGGCCGAAAUCAAAAAUUGAAGUCAAUCUAAACAGUGUGGCAAAGAAGCAACCAAAUCGCUACGAAAUAUAUCUAAAGAAGUUUUACGACAACAAGCGGAAGAACUCGACUCGUCCACCGGUACCGCUUUCCAUUGGAGGAGCGAAAUUUUGUGACUACUAAUGCAGCAUAACUGAAGGUUAGCACGUACUUUACAUAUGUUUAAAACCGUUUAAAACGUUUACCUUUACCAAA